AUGCCCUUGAGUCAAAUCUUUGGAUAUGCAGGUACUGACAAAUGCGAGAAACACUCGAACUGCAAAAGUGUCCUCUAUGCAAGGCAUGGUGAUGCUGGCAAGGAACAAGCGGAACGUCUACGCAGAUCGCAGAUCCAUGCUAAAGAGAGUACCAGUCGCGAAGGGAAAGGUUAUUUCAAACAACAACACUCCGCGGACGACGACGAAGAGCUUCACGCAUCGUCUCUUCUCUAUAGCAAUGCUGAUCGAUUGUUUGGAGAUAAAUUACAUGAACGCGAAAAAAUGAGGACGGAUAGUAUUUAUUACAAGUGUGAUUUCUGCCUUUUUUCCUGCUUCACCAGAGCCGUAUUGGAGACACAUGUUCAGACCUAUCAUCCUCGAGCUCAGUCCGAGUGCGAAAGACAGCUUCCAUCAUCAUCUCCAGUUACUUGUCCAACGUGCCGAAAGACGUUCAAGACCCGCUAUCUGUUGUCAGUACACUGUGUUGGAGUGCACACUACAGCUAUGACGGACUUCACGCUUAUACAGACUUCCUUCAAUAGUUGGGCGCAGUUUGAGCCAUGGCGAACAAUGAUGGAAAGAGACACUAAGACAGUUCUUAUCAAAAGCGAAAUGCAAGCGUGGAACACGAAGCUCAUUCAUUCGUAUCAUUGUCAAUUUGAUCAUACAGCAGCACCAUGUUCGAAGAAGGAGAAAAAGGACAAAAAGUGUACCAACGAUGAAGAAAAUAGAAAAUCUUCGAACUGUCCAGCCUUUAUCAAGGUCAUGGAGAAUGAAGACGGCGUACUGGAUUGUGUGGCAUGCUUUGGACAUUUGGGACACGAAAUGGAUGGCUUGCCGCCAAUAUCGAGUGUUGGCUCUGCAGAGCUAAUGCAAGAUGAAGCAGAGAACGAUAAAGAUGGUGAUCUGGCGCCGUGUUUCUUAUGCGGUGGCGUUUCACCUCCUGAGAUAGACGCCAAGACGUGCGAGGACGUGAAAUGGUGCUGCUGCAGCGAAACAGAAUGUGGAAUAUUGGCACAUGAAUGGUGCACCCAACUUCUUGGAAAGAAAUGUCCUGAAUGUGAGAAAGGCAUACUGAUCAACACAUAUUUCAAAGUUGCCCCGAUGCCAGAGCGGCACAGACAGGUCGUACAUUGCCGGAAAGACACGGAAGCGCCAGGUGGAAGUGGGACGCUCUCAGCGAUGUAUUUCGACAGUGAACCAUUGGCUGAAGAAGCUUUCAGUAACCAGGGUGACGAUAGGCAACGAUGA